AGCUUGGAAACCUCCAGCUCUCACGCCCAAGCUCCUCGUUCCCCGCAGACAUGAAGGUCUCCGCAGCGCUUCUGUGCCUGCUGCUCACAGCUGCUGCCUUCAGCUUCCAGGCACUUGCUCAGCCAGAGGGGAUUAAUAGCCCAACCACCUGCUGCUAUAGAUUUACCGUUAGAAAGAUCCCCAUCCAGAAGCUGAAGAGCUACAGAAGAAUCACCAGCAGCUAUUGUCCCAGGGAAGCCGUGAUCUUCAAGACCAAACAGGCCAAGGAGCUCUGUGCUGACCCCAAGCAGAAGUGGGUCCAGGAUUUCAUGGAGUACCUGGACAAGAAAACCCAAACCUCAAAGCUAUGAACCUUCAUGCCCACAAUGAAGCCAAGUCAGUACUCAGGGAACAAUUAAUGUAUAUGCCCUGUUCUUUCCAACAUGCAUUCUGAAAUUAUUCUAUUACAAUUCUAAGGAAUAUGAAAUUUGUGUAAUAAUGUGAAUCAUGGUUUUUCUUAAGUAGUGUAUUAUGUCUUCUAAGUUGUUAAUAUUUUAAUUUAAUGGGCUCUGGAAUUGGAUGUGUUUCAAAUGCAAACCUUUGGACACAUGUCACUUCAGACCCUUCAAAACUACAGGGUGCUCCUUCCUCUCUACCUCACUGUAGUGUUGUGAGUAUCUGUG